CUUAGCAGUGCAUCUCUAACGAGGAAGAAGCGUCGUGAAAAAAGCCGCAAAAUAUACACAGACUUAGAGUUUUUCCGGUAAAUCUUGAAUAAAUCGCGAAGAAAAGUAUUUUCAUCGCCCCAAGAUGAGUGGUGGCACCAUGUUAUAUGGCGGCGACGAGAUUGGAGCCCUCGUCUUUGAUCCCGGACAUCACUCCUUGCGAGUGGGGUACGCGCAGGAGGAUUCGCCUAAGGCGGAGAUUCCCUCAGUUGUUGGGAUUGGAGCUGCUCCCGAAACCAAUCUCGAUCCGGAGACCAAAACGGAUAACAAUGCCACGCCAAAUAAUGCUGACCAACGCAAAUUCUAUGUGGACACCAAUUACGUUAAUGUGCCCCGUUCCCAGAUGGAAGUUCAGACCUACAUGAAAGACGGAAUGAUAGAUAACUGGGACCUCUUUGAGAAAGUGAUUGACUACGCCUACACCAAUGUCAUACAGUCAGAGCCGGAAUACCAUCCCGUGCUCUUUUCCGAGGCCUCGUGGAAUGUGCGCAAUAAUCGUGAGAAGUUAACUGAGUUAAUGUUCGAGAAGUACAACGUUCCGGCUUUCUUCCUGGUAAAAAACGCUGUCCUGGCUGCAUUCUCCAGCGGACGAGCCACUGCUUUGGUAGUGGAUAGCGGAGCCACCCACACUUCGGCCGUUCCCGUUCACGAGGGCUACGUGCUGUCGCAGGCGGUGGUAAAGUCCCCGCUGGGUGGCGACUUUCUUUCUCGGCAGUGUCGUCAGCACCUAGAGAAGCACGGCAUUGAUCUGUCGCCGGUGUAUAAAAUAGCCUCCAAGGAUGUCGUUAAAGAGCGCGACAAUGGACGCUUUACGCUGCGUAAACUGCCUGAAAAUCUGACGCAAUCCUGGCAGAACUACAUGCUGCAAUUGAUGAUGCAGGACUUCCAAAUGAACGUGCUACAGGUACUGGAGAAUCCUUUCGACGAACGGGUUGCAGCCCAGAUCCCGACAGUGCACUAUGAAUUUCCCAAUGGUUAUCACCAGGAUUUUGGUUCUGAGCGUUUCAAGAUAGCUGAGAGUCUUUUCGACAACGCAAUGCUGGGAGCUGGACAACUGGCGUCCACCAGCGUAGGCAUGUGUGAUGCGGAUGUGCGUCUGUCACUCUUUGGUUCAGUUGUGGUUACCGGUGGAAAUACUCUUCUUCAAGGCUUCCCGGAGCGCUUAAAUCGCGAUCUGCAGCUGCGUGCUCCCUCCAACACGCGUCUGAAAAUGAUUUCCGCCAAUGGCAGCGUGGAGCGAAGGUUCGGAGCCUGGAUUGGUGGCUCUAUUCUAGCCAGCAUAGGCACUUUCCAACAAAUGUGGAUAUCAUCGCAGGAGUACGAGGAGGCUGGAAAAAGCCAAGUGGAGCGCAAGUGCCCGUAAAUACAGCGCUAUCGAAUUCCAAUUUUAAUUUUAAAGACGCAACUCUAUGUAAUUAUAUAAAUGUGAACUUUUAA